AGAGUGUUGGGGGGUUAAGAUAACGCAUCGCCUAAAACCCUCGUUGGUUCUUGAAUCCGGAAGUCCAGUGAAACCCAAAUCCUUCUCUCUGAGUCUCUUAGAAAAAACACACAAGUUUUAGGGUUUGCGAUUUGGGAAAAAUAAAAAUGGGAAGAGAGGUGGAGGUGCAGUACACGGUGGAGCAGCUCGUGGCGGUGAAUCCUUACAAUCCGGACAUCCUUAAUGAUCUGGAGAACUACGUGAACGAGCAGGUGUCGUCACAAACAUACAGUCUUGAUGCAAAUCUCUGCCUUCUUCGCCUUUAUCAGUUUAAGCCAGAUCGAAUGAGCACCCAAAUUGUCUCCCGCAUCUUGGUUAAGGCACUGAUGGCUAUGCCAGCUCCGGAUUUCAGUCUGUGUCUCUUUUUGAUUCCAGAACGAGUGCAAAUGGAGGAGCAGUUCAAGACUCUUAUUGUUCUUUCACACUACUUGGAGACAGGAAGAUUCCGUCAAUUCUGGGAUGAAGCGGCGAAGAGUCGUCACAUAGUUGAAGCUGUGCCAGGUUUUGAGCAAGCAAUACAAGCCUAUGCAAUUCAUGUCCUUUCCUUGACUUAUCAAAAGGUCUCUAGACCUGUGCUCGCUGAGGCUAUCAACAUCGAAGGUCUGUCCUUGGACAAAUUCCUUGAGCACCAGGUAGCAAAUAGUGGUUGGAUUCUUGAGAAAGGUCAUGGCAGGGGCCAACUCAUUGUCCUACCUCGCAAUGAAUUCAACCAUCCUGAGCUAAAGAAAAAUGCGGCAGAUAGCGUCCCGUUUGAGCACAUAACCCGUAUUUUUCCCAUUCUUGGUUGACCUUUCUGCCAGAGACUGAGUCUUUCAUUUCUGUUGCAUGUUCUCUGAGGAAGCUUUGGGAUUCUAAGAGUAGUUCCGGUGCCAUCCUCGUGUCAUUCGUGUUGUUGAGAUGCUACUCUUUGGAGGACUGCUUUGGACACUUUUUUCCUGUAUUUUUGGGUUUAUGUUGAAAAAUUAAUUUAUGCUGCUCGACUUAAGGAAUUGAUGAUCCGGCUACGCUCCCUCGAGAAAAUUUAUUUUUUCCGAAGACAUUUUUGCAUAAAAAAUGAUACUUAACACAUCUUAGCUGGAUGGUUGACUGAA